AUGCGGGAAAAUCCUGCUUUACAUUUCGACCGCAUCUUGGCCAUCCAAUCCGAACUCGAUCAGCUCCUGGGCCAAACCCAAUCGGCACUCUCUCAACUCUGUCCAGCACCAGACACAUCUCGAUCAACCCGAAUCAAUGAUCAGCUUCUCAAGCAAUUCAAAUUCUUUCGGGUGCACGGCUUGCACCAGCGGAUCGCAAAGGAAUUCCUAACCUCGCUGAUGUCCACCUUGGCUGCUUGCGCUCAUCUCAUGACCCGGUAUCUCCCACACAUUCGGACGCCUGGUGCCCAACGUGAUCCACCUGCAGCAUUGCAUGGCCUAUAUAAACGUGGAGUACCUCCGCAGACGACUCUUUCCAUCGAGAGAAUCGAAGCGACGAUGAGAUGGCUCAAAGGAACCGAGUUUGAGCUCGUGCAAUUCCAUUGGCCAUACUGGACACGCGAGAUCGAUGCAAGUUUGGAAGAGCUCUGCGUAGUAAUCGAUCGCGUGCACGAAGAAGAGCGAAUGUCUUUGGGAGAGCCCCAGGACUUCUCGUGGGCAUAUUUGCUAUCGCCGAUCUUCAAGCUAUCCAGGCUAUUCUUCAAGAAGUUAGAUUCGAUCCGAGUAACGAACAUGAAGCCUCUCCUGCCAUUCACCGAACUCCGUUCCGACCAGCUCGGUUACCUAGCUGAAUUAGCUGAACACGUUGAUGGUGAUAUCGACUGUUUCUUCGAGCUAGUGCCACAUGCCAAUGGUUCCCGCCGUCCCGACGGUCCCCGUGUCAGAGAAAUCGCCCAACGACUCGCGGGUCGCUUCGAGCCUGCUGUGCUUUGCAUGCUCCUCUACUUUCUACCUCACAGGCCGGACACUGACCGUUUUCAUGCUCAAAGCCACCUCAGGGCCUGA